AUGCGGAAUACCCUUGUGGUCUUAUUGUUGGCUCUAUCAACACUGAUUGCUGCACAAGACGGUGCCACUGUACGCACCCAUUCCAUCUCGAUGCCUUAUAUUGACGAUGAACUUCAAAACCGCUGGUUCGACUUUGGUGGCGAUACAGUUAUCAAUACCAAUCGUCAUAUCCGUUUGACAAGCAAAAACCUUCAAGCACAGCAAGGCUACUUGUGGUCGCGUCUGCCUUUGACAUCAUCCAACCUUGAAAUCGAAUUCGAGUUUCAUAUUGGUGGGCAAUCAGGUCAUCUUUAUGGUGAUGGUCUUGCUAUGUGGUUAACAAAACAGCGCUCAACACCUGGUCCUGUUUUUGGUUCAGUGGACAAUUUCGAAGGUCUUGGCGUAUUCUUUGACACCUAUGAUAACGAAAGAGCACAUCGACAUACAUUUCCAUACAUCUCAGCUAUGCUAGGGGAUGGUAUGAAAUCUUAUGACAAUGAUAAGGAUGGAAGGACUACCGAAUUAGCUGGAUGCGAGGCCAACUUUCGAUCAAAGGCAUAUCCGACAAAGGCACGAUUGACGUACUACAAGAACAAUUAUCUUCAAUUUGAUCUUAUGUGGCAAGAGGAAGACAAGUGGGAUGAGUGCUUCAAGGUGCAAGAUGUCCAAUUGCCUGAGAACGUCUAUCUCGGUUUUACUGCACACACGGGUGAAUUAACAGAUGAUCAUGACAUUAUUUCCGUGUCUACUCGCACAUUACCACCCAAGGCCAGAGAACCUGUGAAGAAAGCAAGCAGCGAAAAGCAAAGGCAAAGCGGUGGAGGAUUUUUCUCAUUCUUGCUAAAGAUGCUAGCUGCGGGUCUUUUAGUUGGUGUUCUUUUUGUUGUAUAUCGAAUGUAUGAUAGUAAUAGUCGCAUGAAGCGUUUCUAA